GCCGCGACUAAUCCUCUCCUCUAGAGCGCUCAGCAGCAUACAAGAUGCAUCGUUCUGUCGUUAUUAUCCCGACGUUGGCGCUCCUAGCCGGUGUUGUCUCGGCCUGGCUUCCCAAGGAGCACGACUUGGCUGCUUUCAAGGGCAUCAACAAGAUCAGGGGUGUUAAUUUCGGCGGCUGGCUCGUCUGUGAGCCGUGGAUGAUGAGCGACGAGUGGAACAACGUCAUGGGCUGCAACGGUGCUGCCUCCGAGUUCGACUGCAUGCGAAACAAUUACUUGGGAAGUAAACGAGAAGCAGGCAACGACAAGUUCGAGACUCACUGGAGAACUUGGAUCAAUGCCGACAGUGUCCAGUCAGUCCAUGACGUUGGACUCAACACGAUUCGCAUUCCCAUCGGGUACUGGUCCAACGUAGACAUUGUCGACAAGGCCAGCGAGCCCUUUGCCGACGGCAACAGGAUGCUCCCCUACCUAGACGCCGUCGUCCAAAAGGCCGCUGAUCUCGGUAUGUAUGUAAUCAUGGAUCUACACGGGGCUCCCGGCGGCCAGCAACAAGAUGUCUUCACCGGCCAAAACAACAAGCCGGCCGGUUUCUUCAACGACUACAACUUCGACCGCGCCCAGAAGUGGAUGUCUUGGAUGACAAGGCGCAUCCACACUAACCCAGCCUACGCUGCCGUCGGCAUGAUUGAGGUUCUCAACGAGCCCGUCUCCGGGCAUGACCCGGAACGACGGUACCCUGCCCCCGGUCAGGUCCCCGGGCUGGUCCAGAAGUACUACCCGGGCGCUCUCAAGGCGGUCCGAGAUGCCGAAGCGUCGCUCGGCGUGGCUGACGGCAACAAGCUGCACGUGCAAUUCAUGUCCCAGAAAUGGGACUCAGGCAACCCACGCGACAACUCUGCCGUCGCCAACGACAAGCGCACUGCGUUCGAUGACCACAACUACAUUGGCUUCGCCAUCAACGACAGGGGCAACCGGGACAGCCUCAUGAGGAGUGCCUGCAAUGACCAUCGCAUCGUGAACGGGCAGGCGUUCGCCAUUACCGGCGAGUGGAGCAUGACAUCGGACGUGAGCCCGGAUGACACGGACUUCUUCAAGAAGUUCUUCACGGCCCAACAGCAGCUCUACGAGGAGCCUGGGAUGAGUGGCUGGAUCUACUGGACAUGGAAGACGCAGUUGAAUGAUCCUCGAUGGACCUAUUCUCAUGCCACAUACCUCAAACUGGUCCCCACCGAUACCGCUGCCUUGGAAAGGAAUGUGUAUCAGGAUGUGUGUUACCCUUAUCGUAGUACUGCUACUUUUUAGAUGAGCUCUAUUUAUACCUCUUAUUAAUGUGCCGCCAGUUUUCGCCAUAAGCAUGCAAAUUUCAUGAUUUAAGAUUUUAAUUUCUACAGUGAAAUUAGAAUUUAGUCCGGUAAAAUUCUUAUCA